AUGCCUUUGUCGACGUGGCUUCCCAGGUCCCAGUGGGAUGCCCUGUCACCAUUCCGGGAACUCGAGCGCGCAUUCCCGUCGAACAGCGCGCGCGAGUACAGCGCCCGCACCUUCUCCUCGACGAUCGCGCCUCGAGGCUACCCUCCACCCCUUUCCGCCACUCCCCGCGACUCGCGAGCCUCUCCAGUGCCCGUUCCGUGCGUCUGGAGGUCCGUGGGAACGGAACCAGCGCGCAAGCGCCGGAGCGCGCUGAACGCGCGGCCCUUCGCGCUCGACUUCCCUCGACCUCCACCCCUCUCGUGCCCGGCCGACCACCCGAACGCUCAAGGCACCACCCUCGCAGACGGCCCUCAAGACAAGUACAGAGCUGUGCGAAGCCGCACGCUCGGUACAGGUAGCUGCACCGCCACCUCCAGCACCAGGCCGGAAGUCGAACGACCGCGCGCCUUGCGCCAUGGCGAAGCCGACGCGUCGACGUGCGCGCUAGCACCGCGACCGGAGGCCCCUCACUCGACGAGGUCGAUCGACACGCAGCGCUCCUGCGAGCAACCACGCGCGCUGCGCAACGGCGAGCCCAACACGUCGACGCGGACGCUAACACCCCGGCGGAACGGCCCACGCACGACGCGUACGGCCGAGGCCCAGUGCACCCGCAAGCCCGACGCACCGGCCGCCUCGACGCGCGCAAGAGCUAACGCAGCCGAGGAUCCGCGCGCCGCGCUCACGAGCCGCGCGUCCUGCGCCUGCAAGACCGUCUCGCAGGACGCACCGACGAUCGCGUGGACGAGCCCCGGCGCAGGAGCGAGCAUAGACACGGGUAGAGAGGAGUGGACCCCGGUGAGUUCCUCAACACUUCACCCUCCACCGUCCUCUCCGCCGCCCUCGCCCUCGCCUUCGCUCGUGCUCGCCGCGGCUCUGCGCGCCGAGCUCGCUCCACCUUCUACCCUGCGCGUGCGUCGUGCGCUCGCGCCCUCUCCUGUCGCGUCCGCGCCCUACGGCACACCCUCUCCCUUCGCCCGUCGGUCGCCCUCUCCCACUCGCUCGCACGCGCCGUCUCCCGCACGCACGCACGCAUCGACUCCUGCGCGCUCACAUCCGCCGUCUCCCGCGUGCUCGCACUCGCCCUCGCGCGCACGUUUCGCGGCUGUGCCCGCCGCCCUCGCCCCGCCCCCGCUUUCGCUCCAGCUCUCGACCGGCGUGCCUGCGAUCCGCGAGCGCGUCGCGCCGUCUUCCUUGGAACGCGCCCGCCGUCUGCCGUCUCCUGCGCGCUCGCGCUCGCACUCGUCCUCGCUCGUGCGCUUCGCGGCUGUGCCCGCCGCGUUCGCUUCGCCCUUGCUCGACAACCACUCGACCGCCCACGGAACCACCCCGGCGGACAGCCCUCAAGAUAAGUACCGAGCUGCGCGAAGUUGCCGCGCGCUCGGUACAAGCAGCUGCCCCGCCGCCUCCGGUUCAAGGCCUAAGGUCGAGCCACCGCGCCCUCUGCGCGACGACAAGUUCGAAGCGUCAGCGCCCCGCGAAUGCGACGCACCGUCUCCUUCCGAAUGCGCGCGCUCGCACCCGCCCGCGCGCGUGCGUUUAACGGCUGUGCCCGCCGCGCUCGCUCCUUCCUCGACGCUGCCGCCCGCCGCGCUCACCCUGUCCUCCGCACGCUCAUCCUCACUCCCGACCCACGCGCUCUCGACCGAUGUGCCUGCGGUUCGCGAACGCGUCGCGCCGUCUUUCUUGGAACGCGCCCGCCGUCUGCCGUCGCCCGCGCGCUUGCGCUCGCUCCCGCCCUCGCUCGUGCGCUUCGCGGCUGUGCCUGCCGCGCUCGCUUCGCCCUCGCUCGACCAGAACUCGACCGCCCACGGCUUCGCCCCCACAAACAGCCCGCAAGAUGCGUACCGAGCCGGGCGAGAUCGCACGCUCGGUACCGGCAGCCGUCCCGCCGUCACCAGCUCAAGGCUGGAGGGCGAACAUUCGCGCGCCCCGCGCGACAGCGUGCCCGACGCGUCGACGCGUACGCUAGCGCCCCGACUGGAGGUCCCUCACCCGACACGGAUGACCGAAGCGCACCACGUCCGCGAACUAGACGUACCGGCUAACUCGUCGCGUGCAACAGCAAGCGCGGAGGAGGGCUCGCUCGCCGCGCAAACAAACCGCGCAUCUCGCGCCUACAAGGACACCUCGCAGGACGCAUCGACGCGCACGGCCAGGCACCCUAGGGAUGCACCGACGAGUGCGCGGACAGACCACCGCGAUGGGAGGAGCGGGGAGAUUGACAGAGAGGAGAGGAAAGUCAGGAUGACUCCGGUGAGUACGACUGCCCCUCAUCCCCCGUCCUCUCCACCGCCCUCAUGCUACGUGCCCUCGCCCUUGCCCGUCUCCGCUCGUCCGUUUGCGCUCUCGACCGAUCCGCCUGCGCCCCGCGAACGUGAUCCGCCGUCUCCCUUCGAACGCACCCGCCGGCUGUCUCCCGCGCGCCCGCACACGUCGUCAAUCGUGCGCUUUGCGGCUCUGCCCACCGCUCUCGCUCCGCCCGCGUUCAACGACCACUCGCCCCCGCUUUCGCUCUCGAACGGCGCGCGUGUCGCUGCGCCCUUGCCCUCGCUCGACAAUCCUCCUUCCGACGAGCCUCUACGCACGCAGCCCGCGCGUCCUGCGCGUCCUCUCUCGCGUCCCGUCAGCCCCUCGUCGCGCACUUCCGCUCCGGUGCGUUGUCAAACCAUCUACGAGGAUGUGCGAUUGGUACUCCGCACUCCUCGUAGCCAAUUGGCCGUUGCCGAGGUGACGAACAAAGACUGCGGCGCCCGCGCUCAACAGGAAAACGGGCAACAGUUUGGCGGCGCGACACGCGAAGGGCAAGCCCUCGUUGAUGCGCUACGUGAGGAACAGCCCGCACGCGCUGUUUCGCCGCGGUCUCACGCGCGAGCAGUAGUGCGCGCGCAUCACGAACAGCACCUUCGAGCCGCCGCGCAACACAGAGAUGAGGCACAAGCCUAUCGCCGAGCCUACGAGUUUGCGCAACACGAGAGCGUGCCUGCUCGUGCCGCUUCACCCUCGACCGUGCUCACCGCGCGUCCACUCGCACUCGAUGCACUCGACUCGCACGACUCUGUGCCAUCGUCAUUGACGUGUCCACCGGUGUCGUUGGAAGACGUGGCCCUUGCUGGUACCCACUUUCCCGGCUCCGCACGUUCGCCCUUGCCGCUGCAUGUGUCGUCUCCAUCGCCAGACACGCUCCUUCCGAUGCGCUCUUCUGCGCCCUCGCCACCGCUUGGUCUGCCUUCGUGCGACAGCGUCUCCCCGCCUUCCGCGCGUCCGUCGCCGCCGCCUGAUCUCGCGUCCUGCAGCUCCGCAUCCGCGCUCGCCCCGCAACGCGAAACACUCGCCCAGUUCUGGGGCAGUUUCAUGCGGAAACCCCAGGUUUCGACAACCCACCCACCCUCUACCACGCCUCCUUUAUCCUUACGCCCACCUCUUCUCGUUGGAAUCUCGAGCCGAAACUCCCCACGGAUCGUUCCGACUUGA